UGGGAGGAGGAGCCGGAGACGCAGGCUGCUUUUGGAGCUGCUGGCCGCCUGGGGCUCAGGUGACCAGAGGCCCUCUAGGAGCCUACAGACUCUGGACUCCGCACAGCCUGGCAACCCAGCAAACGGAGCAGCUAUGAUCCAGAACGUGGGAAGUCACUUGCGAAGGGGCCUCGCCUCUGUGUUCUCUAGUCGGACAUCCCGGAAGUCAGUCUCACAUUCAGAGUCAGAAGAUGCCUCUGCCAUGGCAGAGGAUGAGGAGUACCGGAACCCAACGGAGGUACAGAUGAGCCAGUUGGUGCUGCCCUGCCACACUAACCACCGUGGGGAGCUGAGCAUUGGACAGCUGCUCAAAUGGAUCGACACCACAGCCUGCCUGUCAGCGGAGAGGCACGCUGGCUGCCCCUGUGUCACAGCUUCCAUGGAUGACAUCUACUUUGACCAUACCAUUAGUGUCGGCCAAGUGGUGAACAUCAAGGCCAAGGUGAACCGGGCCUUCAACACCAGCAUGGAGGUGGGCAUCCAGGUGGUCUCUGAGGACCUGUGUGUUGAAAAGCAGUGGAGCGUGUGCAAGGCCUUGGCCACCUUUGUGGCCCACCAGGGGCUCUCCAAGGCGAAGCUGAAGCAGGUCAUACCUCUAACAGAGGAGGAGAAGACCGAGCACGGGGUGGCCGCUGAGCGCAGGCGCAUGCGGCUGGUCUACGCAGACACCAUCAAGGACCUCCUGAUGCACUGUGUCAUGCACGAUGAACUGGCCAGCAAGGACUGCAGCAAUAUAGUGCCAGCCGAGAAAACCCGCGUGGAGAGUGUGGAACUAGUGUUGCCCCCUCAUGCCAACCAUCAGGGCAAUACCUUUGGCGGCCAGAUCAUGGCCUGGAUGGAGAACGUGGCCACCAUCGCAGCCAGCCGGCUCUGUCAUGCCCAUCCUACACUCAAGGCCAUCGAGAUGUUCCAUUUCCGAGGCCCAUCGCAGGUGGGGGACCGUCUGGUGCUCAAGGCCAUUGUGAAUAACGCCUUCAAGCGUAGCAUGGAGGUGGGUGUGUGUGUGGAGGCUUACCGCCAGGAGGAGGAGACCCAGCGAAGGCACAUCAACAGUGCCUUCAUGACCUUUGUGGUUCUGGACAAGGAUGCCCAGCCUCAGAAGUUGCCCUGGAUUCGUCCUCAGCCUGGGGAGGGCGAACGGCGGUACCGAGAGGCCAGUGCCAGGAGGAAGAUCCGCCUGGACAGGAAGUACCUUGUGUGCUGUAAGCAGUCGGAAAUGGCCCUGUCUGUCCCCUGGGACCCUAGCAACCAGGUGUACCUGAGCUAUUACAAUGUGUCCUCUCUGAAGACGCUUAUGGCCAAGGACAACUGGGUGCUAUCCAUGGAGACCGGUGAAGUCUGCCUCUACACCCUGGAAGAGGACUUCCUGUCUAUUCACUUGGAGAUGGUGGUGCAGGUGGAUGCCGCCCAGGUCUUUCAGCUGCUCUCUGACCUGCGCAGGAGGCCGGAAUGGGACAAGCAUUACCGGAGUGUGGAGCUCGUGCAGCAAGUAGAUGAAGAUGAUGCCAUCUACCACGUCAUAAGCCCUGCCCUGAGUGGUAAUACCAAGCCCCAAGACUUUGUGAUCCUGGCCUCGAGGCGGAAGCCUUGUGACAAUGGGGACCCCUAUGUCAUUGCACUGAGGUCAGUCACACUGCCCACGCACCAGGAGACACCGGAAUAUCAGCGUGGGGAAACCCCUUGUUCAGGCUUCUGUCUGUGGCGUGAGGGGGACCAGUUGACUAAGGUUUCUUACUACAACCAGGCCACCCCUGGCUUUCUCAACUAUGUGACCACCAAUGUGGCUGGCCUGUCCUCCGAGUUCUAUAACACUUUCAAGUCGUGUGAGCGUUUCCUGUUGGAAAACCGGAAUGACUUGGCCCCCAGCCUCCAGACCCUCUAGGCACCACCCCACCCUGCCCCAGGUCUUACACAGUGCGUGGAGCAAAGCAGAGGCCUUUUAUUCACCCUGACU